GUGACCUGUACGUCGCCGGAUUGCCGCAGGGGCCCUUACCGAAACUGGUGGCCUCCCGGGAAGGCUUCCAAGGCUGCUUGGCCUCUGUGGACCUCAAUGGCCGCCUCCCGGACUUGAUCAAUGACGCCUUGCACCGCAGCGGGCAGAUUGAGCGUGGAUGUGAAGACGCUUUGACCAAAGCUAAUCUACAAGGACCCGCCACCACCUGUCAGGAGGACUCCUGUGCCAACCAAGGUGUCUGCAUGCAGCAGUGGGAGGGAUUCACCUGUGAUUGCUCCAUGACGUCAUACUCGGGGCCCCAGUGCAACGACCGUGAGUACAAGACCGACAUGUGCCCCGGCCAGACCUCUGAGAUUCACCCGUUCCCCGGCUCCGGCGUUCCGGUGAAUCUCCGCGCUGAUCUCGUCACGUAA